AUUACGUGGCGACCACCGCCGCCUGACGCCGUCGGGGCUCUAGGUUCUUUGAGAUCCUUGGCAACCGUAUGGAGGGGCCCAUGCCUCCCACGAGCGUCGACGAGGAAUCCUGUCGGGCAACGGGAAACAGGCGGCUAUACCAUGUGGGGGUUGCAAGGACAGCCGUGGGUGGUGCCAGCUGGGGGUUCUGGGGUUGCCAGGGCGUGAGAUGUGCCGUCGAGGUGGCCUGAGGUUGUCCAUCUUGCCCGCAAGUGCGGCCACAAAGACUGCGCGAAAGCCAACGCCAGGCGCGUGGAGGAAUCAGCUUCCCAUGACUCUUAUGGCAUCAGGUCUACCGACGCUGGCAGUGACCUGUUGCCAUCCUCUAACUACACAAGACGUACAGCCAUCUUCUGAUGUGCCUUUUUGGGGCGACUUGCGUGAUGCGCCCAAGGCAGGCCCCACUUGCCGAUGCAAGGGGUCUACGGCCUCCGCCGGCCCGGUGCUUAACGGUGUCUCCACCGCACAGAGGUGCGUGCUGCAGGUACUGGAGGAGCACCGACUGGCCGGGACAGUGUUUGUCGCCUCGCCGUCCACGUCCAGCCAGCCGUUUAGCAAGACUUGGUCUCAGGCUACAGAAUGCAGUAUCCGGAUCCCUGGUCGGUGGGCCCUGCCCGGCAUGGUCGGUCUCAAAUCGUUCCCUGACAGCAGGUCUCGUUCGUGUGUGGUGGCAGGGACGCCAGUCGCAAGCAGGGUCCCGGCACAGUUGGGGACAGGGAGGUCGAGAUUGGGCAGCAACAACGGCGUGGGAACGCGCCGUCUCUUGCGGCCAGCGAGUUGCGACCUUCGCCCAGGGUUGCUGCUUUUCGCUAGACCUGGGACGGACGCGCCGCCGUCUUGUUGCUGGGAAGAAGGGUUGGCUGUGGGCAAGUUUGCCAGCAUCCGCACCAGGAAUGGGCCGCUGUGGUACGUGCCGUGUUCGAGCAAGCGAGGGUGCGCGGGUGGCCGAGCUGGACGGCAGGAAAUUGGGUUCCUGAGCACUCCGUAAAUGGCCUCAGGCGCGGGCGGUCCUGGAGAGCCCGUCCGUCAGAAUGGUCGUCGCG